GUUGAGUACUGCUUGAUAUAACUAUCGGCCUCUCCCCGCUGUAGUGCUUCUCUUUCCUGCUACUUCCUCGUAAAUCACCAGUUUUCAUUUAUUUUGGCAAUCAACGGACGUCGUAUUGACACCUCAAAAUGGCCGAGGAUCUCGAAGCCCGUUUUCAAGCCGCUAUUGAUGCGGGGAAGAUACGUGGGGCUGUGAUUUGCACCACCGACAUCCAAGGUCACUUCGUUUACAACCGGGCCCUGGGAGAACGCACCCUGCUCUCCGGCGAGAAGCGCCCGCAGCAACUCGACGAUGUGCUGUACCUCGCCUCGGCCACCAAGCUGAUGGCCUCCAUCGCUGCCCUUCAAUGUGUCGAAGAUGGUCUCCUCACCCUGACGGGCGACCUCUCGUCCAUCGCCCCCGAGCUCGCGGCCAAACAGGUUCUCACUGGCUUCGACGAUGCCGAGAAUCCUCUACUCGAACCACAGGCCCACCCCAUCACCCUCGAGAUGUUGCUCACGCAUAGCUCCGGCCUUAUGUACGACUUCUUGGAUCCAGAUCUCAGCAAGUGGCGUGCAAAAUUUGCCCCUCCCGCGCAAGAACCAAAUGAGCGUCGACCAGUCGAAGAGUCCUUCAACUACCCCUUGGGGUUUCAACCCGGAACUGAUUGGAUGUACAGCCCGGGGCUUGACUGGGCGGGCCGCAUCGUGGAGCGGGUAACGGGUCGCACCCUGGGAGAGCGGAUGCAAGAGCGAAUGUUCGACCCCCUAGCCAUCAACGACGCUCAAUUCUACCCCGUCACGCGGGAGGACCUGCGUGCGCGUCUCGUCGAUCUCAAUCCCGAUGAUCCGGAGCCGAUCGGCCGCGCUGUGCUAGGCGGUGGCGGGGAGAUGAACAGACGCGGUCGUGGCGACUUUGGCGGCCACGGUCUUUUCAUGUCAGGGGCCAGUUUCGUCAAGGUCUUACAUUCUCUGCUGAGCAAUGACGGCAAGCUACUUCAGCCCAAAACCGUUGACGACAUGUUCAGCAACCAUCUGAGUCCUCUGGCAGCUGCGGGACACCAGGCGAAGCUGGAUGGUCCCAUUGGGCCCCACUUCAACGUCGGUGUCAAUACUGGAGCAAAGUUGGGAUAUGGUCUGGGCGGCUUGCUGACGCUGGAAGAUAUCGAUGGUUGGUAUGGGGAGCGGACAUUGACUUGGGGCGGUGGCCUGACGCUCACCUGGUUCAUUGAUCCCAAGAACGGUUUGUGUGGUGUUGGAGCCGUGCAGGCCGCGCUGCCGCUUGACUAUGCGUUGAUGGAGACUUUGAAGCAGACCUUCCGUCAUGGUGUCUACCAUAAGCGUGCGGCUUGGAAGGAGAAGCAGUAGAUACUUCGAUCAUGAUAAC